UAUUAAGUACCACGGGAAUAUAUUAGAAAUAUUCGCGUUAUCAGUAAUUUUUCCCCUCCCUCUCUUUCACCAAUGCUUAUCUAUAAAAUGUAAUCCGUCCAAGGCCUCGACUUCACAGAAUUAUUAAAUUACUCGCGCUCUGCGAAGUCGCUUAUCAAAUGUUGAACAGAGAGCUCAGCAAUGCAAGUGCAUUAAUCAGUUUACUCCAAUCCCUCGGCUCAAGUGGUUGACUUUCUCAAUUCAGGUCUUAGUUAAAAAAAAAAAAAGUGUUUUAAAGUGAAAUUCAUUUGAAAUGAAUAGUUUAAAGUGCUAUUAAUAUGUAAAAGAAAUAUAGGAGUUUAAGUAUGUCAAAAAAACAAACUAAACUAUUUAAAUAAAUAAUUUUCUUAAAUUUAUACAAUAAUUAUUCGCGGUGUACAAUUUCUUAGAAGUAUUCUUAGUCGCUUAUCGGGAACUCAGCAAAGCAAAUGCAGAGAAUUCUUAGUUUCCAGAACUCACAUUAAGUGAAGCUUUAGACUUGAAACAAGUUGAGGCAAAGUGAGCCUGUAGAAGAGUACAAAGACUUAUAAAUAAAUAGGAUGAGUUCUUUCGCCCAGGUUCCCAGCACACCUCCUCCUUCGUAUGAGGAGGCAAUGGGCUGGGAACCACGGAGAUCACACAGCACCACGCGGCUACUCCCGGAGAAUACCUCAUCACUUAUGAUCUGUCCACUGUGCCACGACGAGAUCGAGACGACCACAAAGAUCCGGCGCCGAAGGAUCGCCUAUGUGGCCUCGGGCAUAGUGCUAAUCACCACCUGCGGCAUGGGAUGCUGGAUGAUCCCCUGCAUCCUUGACUGCUUUAACGAGAUCCAUCACUCGUGUCCCGUCUGCAAGGCGACCCUGGCAAUCGUUCCUCAGCAGGAUCAGAGCUGGCCAACCUAAUUGAGUCACUUAAAGUGCACGAACUGAGCUUAAAGCUGUAUUAUUUAAUACUUAAAACUAAGUGGAUGCCACAAGCUGAAAAAAGAUAGUAGCUCUAAGCUAGCUCUAAGUUAAUACAGAGUUGUACUGAAUAAACCUAAAAUCACUACGUUAAA